CACUUAAUGCACUCACACGCACGCCCGCGCGCACGCGCCUAGAUCGAUAGUCCGUGUGUGAUCAGCUCUGCUGCAGGACCGCGCACUCGCACUGUCCUCUGGCGGGGAGCGGAGGUCCCGGUCCCGGUCCCGGUGUCGGUCCCGGUCAGUCAGUCAUAGUCAGUCAGUCAGUCAGCAGGCAGCCCAGCAGCCCAGCAGCCCAGCAGCAUUAUUGAGGAGGCGGCGCUCCUCCUAUAAAUCCUCCGCGCAGUCAGCGGGCGCUCAGAGGCGAGACGGCCGAGCGGAAGCGCAGCGAUCCCGGCUGCCUUUUUUUUCCCUCCCCCCGCUCCUGGUUGCUUCCCCGGGGCUCCGCAGCGCCGCACGCCGACUACAGCGCACCGCCGGGCGGAUAGGCGAGUUGUGACAUGCCGGUUCGGGACGUCGCGGAGCUUCGCCCGGUGGCGCUACAGCGGACUCUCCGUCCUCCUCCGCGGCACUUUGCACUUCUCUAACGGGACUUUUUCUUCUUUAUGUCCCGGAGCUGACAUGUUCCACGGCGGACGGCCGCGGGCCUCUAACAGGUCCGCCGCAGGGCGCGUGUAAGGUCAAAGUUCAGCCCAACUUGGACAUGUGAGAAGUUCGGGGGGCAACAGGAGGGCUCCACGCCCCCCCCCCCCCUCCCCCCCACUCUGUCUUUCUCACGCACGCAGCACGAGCACGCGCACCGUGGACCAGACAUGUACUCUCCUCUAUGUCUCACGCAGGAUGAGUUCCAUCCGUUCAUCGAGGCUCUGCUGCCGCACGUGCGCGCCUUCGCCUACACGUGGUUCAACCUGCAGGCCAGGAAGAGGAAGUACUUCAAGAAGCACGAGAAGAGGAUGUCCAAGGAGGAGGAGCGCGCCGUCAAGGACGAGCUGCUGGGCGAGAAGCCCGAGGUCAAGCAGAAGUGGGCGUCCCGCCUCCUGGCCAAGCUGCGCAAGGACAUCCGGCCCGAGUUCCGCGAGGACUUCGUGCUGACGGUGACGGCCAAGAAGGCGCCAUGCUGCGUGCUGUCCAACCCCGACCAGAAGGGCAAGAUGCGGCGCAUCGACUGCCUGCGUCAGGCGGACAAGGUGUGGCGCUUGGACCUGGUCAUGGUCAUCCUCUUCAAGGGAAUCCCUCUGGAAAGUACGGACGGCGAGCGCCUGGUCAAGUCGCCGCAGUGCGCCAACCCCAGCCUGUGUGUGCAGCCGCACCACAUCGGUGUCUCCGUCAAAGAGCUGGACCUCUACCUGGCCUACUUCGUGCACGCAGAAGGCGGCCAAUCAGAGAGCCCCAACCAGUCCAAUGAUGCGGACAUCAAAGACCAGGCGGAGAAUGGUCAUUUGGGCUUCCAGGACAGUUUUGUCACACCAGGAGUGUUUACAGUGGCCGAACUUGUACGAGUAUCGCAAACGCCCAUCGCUGCUGGGAGCGCUCCUAACUUCUCGCUGGCGGACCUGGACAGCUCCUCCUACUACAGCAUGAGUCCAGGAGCCAUGAGGAGGCCCCUCCCCAGCACCUCCUCCUCCAGCUCGGCCAAGAGGAUCAAGUGCAUGGAGGAGGACGUGGACAGUCCGGGGGAGGAGUCUUACUAUCCCCCUCAGGGUCGCUCGCCAGGCAGCGGCAGUCAGACCAGCAGCUGGCACGAGGAGCCAGGAUAUAAGCUGCGCGGCUCGCUAGCUAGCUCCUUCAUCUCCCGACAAGGGAUGGCGUUGGCCGGCGGCGCCUUAAAGAGGUCAGCUUUCUACGAGGCCACGCCUCCACCUACUGGCCACGCCUCCUCUUCCUCUUCUUCUUCUUCUUCUUCUUACUCCUCCCCCCGAAUGGCUUUCACGCAUCAUCAUCGCCCCGUCAUUACCGUACCUCGAGCCAGCCCCCACGCCCCCCCCUCCAGCCUGCAUUUCUCCUCCUCCCCCAUCCUGCAGCAGCCCGCCUCCUACUUCUCCCACCCGGCCAUCAGGUACCACCCCCAGGAGACCCUCAAGGAGUUUGUGCAGCUGGUGUGUCCUGACUCCGCCCAGCAGGCCGGACAGGUGGGCUUCCUCAACCCUAAUGGUAGCUCGCAGGGAAAAGUCCACAAUCCUUUCCUGCCCACACCCAUGCUGCCCCCGCCCCCUCCUCCCCCCAUGGCCCGGCCCGUACCGCUGCCAGUCGACGCCAAGCCGCCCUCCACCUCCUCCACUGAGGGAGGGGGGAACUCACCCACCUCGCCCACCUACUCAGCCCCGCCCACCACAUCUCCUGCUCAGAGAUUUGUCAGCGUGGGACCGCGAGACCCCGCCUUCAACAUCCCGCAGCAGCCGCAGUGGUACCUGGGAUAACGACUCCAGAGGCCCCUCCCCCUGCGUGCACCUGUACAACAAUGGCUGCAGCCCCUCCCCCAAUCUGACAAGAACGAUGUCCCGCCCCCCCUCCUGCACCCUCCUCCCCCAACGCGCCUGACUCCGCCCCCACCAGCAUCAGCAUGGCUCGGGCGGGUCCAAGGGUCCAGUCAGGUGACUGUCUGGGUCACAUGACUUUGUUUGGUGCCAGCCCCGCCUCCCGGGCCCUCCCUUUUUGUGAGGGGUGGGGCCAAGACUGACGGAUUCCCCCCCCCCCCCCCCCGACCCCACCCCGCCCCUGUCAGGAAAAGGGUCUCUCCAAGGACAAGGACGCCCCUUGAUGGAAGAGUGGGCGGGGCUUGUUCAGGUUUUCUUUUCUCUUCACAUCAUUUUGGCUCCUCCCCCUCCAGUGUGAUGACGCUAGGGGGCGGAGCCGCGUGGAAUAUGGACGUGAGGAAAGUGCAAUUGUGUUGGCUAGCUGGUUAGCGAGCUAGCCGCUUCUUUUACCCAGCAGUCCUCUCGCACCUCUGGACUCUAAACUAGUGAGGUACAAAAGACUUCUCUUCCUCUUCCUCUUCUUCUUCUUCUUCUUCUUCUUUGUUCCUGGUGGAAAUCCCUUUAAAAGACUGAAAUUAACUUAUUUAUUGUUUGUUUCAAUCCACGACAAUGUGACUUUCAACCUUUUUCCCCUCCUCGCUUCCUGUUUGCCAGAUAAUCUCCAAGGGGCGUGGCCUGGCCACAGGCUGCUCCGCGAUUGGCCCGGCUCUCCAAGAGGCCGCGUCCAGUCCACAGCACUUAGGCGUGGUGAGGACUAUCUAUGUACAUAAAUAUAGAAUAUAUACACCUGCAUGUCCUAGUGUUAGUCACAUAGAUGAUGUAGUUAGUCACAUGCUUCCUUUUCUAUCUCCUGGCCCCGCCCCUCCACUCCCGCCUGAUGACUUUUUGUGAAAUGAACGGUUGGCCUUUACUUUGUUGUUCAAUUCAUCAGACGGACUUUUGGCAAACAAUCAAUGUAGUGCCUAAAUGAAAGACACUUAACGAGUCAAAUAGAAUUUCAACCCGGAGGAGACAAUCAGUCGUUGAGGGAACUGAUGACAAUUUCACCAAACCUCCUCACACGCCGGGUUGGGACCACGGUGCUGGUCAUGUGACUUCCUGUCGUGCUAAUUCCUGAGAGGAACGGCGACGACUUCAUUAUGCAAAACUUGCACUUCCUGUCGGCUUUUUCUUUCUCUUCCCGUCAACCAAAGUUAGCACGCGACCGGCGCCGCCUAGUGGCCGGUCCCUAAAAAAAACAAAACAAACAUAUGAUAACCACGAAAGCCCCCCCCCCCUUCUACUUCCCGGUGACAAUCUCGCCAAGCUGAGCCGCCGUCACUCGGGGGGGGGGGGACUUCCUCCCCGGACUCUGCGGUCGCUAACGAGCCUUAACGAGUCCUGAAGGUGUUUACACUUUUGUCACGUGAUCGCCGACUUCCUUUCCUGCUGACGUGCACUAAAGCCCGCCCCCGGGGGGGUCGCAAGAAAGGUCAAAGCAAUAUGUGUGUUGUUGUGUAGUUGUUGUGGCGCGGCAGUGAGGACGUCACACCUGUGUGUACCUGCCCCCCCCCCAUACACACACCUUUUUGUUUUUGUGUGCUUGUAAUGAUGAUGAUGAUGACUCAGCAUCCUCCUCUUCCUUUGUGUCGCUCAUUCCACGCGGAAAUAAACUACAUCAACAUUCUUUUUUUUUUUUGGGUUUCUUUUCUUUUCCAUGGCUUUCUUUCCCCGCACUUCCUCAUCCUCAUCUGUUGGCCCCGCCCACGUCACAGCGAGCCAAUCGCAGCGGCGCGAGGCUACCGAUUGGACGGCGCAGGCGCAGAUCGUUUGCUCGACGGCGCGUUGUCGCUUUCUCGUUGCCAUGGCGACACGUGAGGAGGUGAUUUAGAAGCCCCUCCCUCCCGCCAUCGACCUGAUACUUUCCUGCAGGAGACCAAUCAAUGCUGUUUGUGCUGACUUCAGCAUUAUCCCCCCCUGCGUCGCCAUGGCAACCCUUGCACCUGCGCCCCGCCCCCUUCGCCCAGUUGGGGUCGAUGCUGCUUUGAUGGGAAAGUUGCGCACACAAAGUUUGUCCCGAGGCUGCAGUGGGAGCACGUGACGUCAUCAUCAUCAUCGUCAUCGUCACAAUGAGGGCCACAUCCCAGCAUGCACCUCCAACUCUCCUGUGCCUCUUUGACGCCACCUUCUGUCCACUUCCUGUGUCCAUAAGUGGCACUUCCUGUCCCCCAACAGAAAAAGCGUCUCUAUGCAACAGAACCACAACAGAAUAAAGACGCUCACACGCA